AAUGAAUCAUCGAUUAUGCGUUUGCAAAUACAGAAACCCCAUAGAAUUCGUAUGUACUUUAAAGGAAUGCACUGAUCGAAGACUAAUUUGCAAAUCCUGUGCUUGGGAUCAUAAACAACACGAUUCAAAAGUUCUUUAAAUUAACGAAUUCGAAACCAUGAUUACUAAGUGAUUAUGUGUCUCUUUAUCAUAGUGACUCUUUGGUUUAAAGAAUAUAAGAUGUACAGAAUGCAGAAGGAAUCAACAACACCCUUGAUUAAUUAAUACAAAUUGCUUAAACUGACAUAAUGCAAAUACUGAAAAAGAGAUGCACCGAAUUGAAGGAGAAAGUCAAGAAGCAUUAUAAUCCAUUUAAUAGAACAGUUGAACACAUUACAAACAUAUCUAAAAAAUACUAUAAUUCAUCAACUAUAGAUUCUUUAGUUAAAGAAUUAGACAUUAGCGACAUUUAAGGUUAAUUAUAAAAAAUGGAAGCCGCUCAAUUUUAGAAGUUUUCUUUAAUUUGUAAAGAAAUUUUAAAUUUAUCUGAUGCUUUAGACAAACUUAGAAAAGCAUGUUAAGAAGAUGCAUCUCCAGAACUAAAAACUAUUAGAAAUUACAUUCAAUAAAAUUUGGAAUUUAAAGAAGUGAAACAUAAAAGUAAUAAAUCUAAUUAUUCAACUAUUAGCUUCAUAUGAUUAUGAUUUAAAUGACUACAUCUAAAAGUCUUCAUUAUAGUAACAAAAAUAAUCCAUACUAGAGAAAUCAUAAACACAAUUAUAGAAACAAUAAUAAUAAGUUUAAUAGAUUUAAUAAGAUUACAAAAAAGUUCCUCCUCAACAUAUGUAUUUAUCUCAUUUAGAGAUUCUUAAAUAACCAAAGUAAUUACAAGAGAAAGCUUCCCCAUACAAUUAUGAAAGAAUAAAGACUGAACAUUCAUCCAAUAAGACACUUUAUGAUUAUACAUUUAUGAAGGAAGAAAAAUCACAAUAAUUAUAGAAAUAUCAUUAUUUAGAUUAAAGCAAAAAACAAGAAGAAUUAAAUAAUUAAUUUAAUAGUUUAUCUAGUACUGAUAGGAUCUAUCCCUUUUAUUAAAGAUAAUCAUCAUAGAGCCUAUAUUCAUCUUCAAAGAAAUGA